ACGGAUCUGUUGAACAGUAAACUGGAAUAAGACUUUUAGAUCUCCCCUUGCAUAGACUUAAUCUUUAAUAAGGCAUAUAUACAUUCUUGUCUAAUUAUGUUUAAUUUAUUUAUACUUAAAAUUACUAUUGUUCACAAUCACUUUCACACCACUUUUGUUCUUGGGAUUCGCAAUUGCAAUUUUUUUUCACAUUUUUUCGAUUGUCCGUCUUGUUUUGUAGUGUUGUCUGUGUAAAGUUGUGUGUUUUGUAUUGUCCACAGUGGCUGUCAUACUUCGAGCUCUGCUAACUUUGGCAGUUUCCGGAUUUUACUGAACAUAAUUUUUAAUCAAUAAUGUAUUUAUCUCCUAGUAAACUGAAAUAUAUGUUUAUUUCGUUCAUUCAUUCAUUCAUUCAUUCAUUCAUUAUACCCCUAUACUUGCUCUUAAUAGCCAAAAAACUUGAGUUUUCAAAACUUACUUAUUUUUUGAGAAUUAUAUAAGCUACCUAUACCAAAUGUUGUGACCUACAUCAUGACGGAUUAUUACCAGAGUGAAAAACCAAAGUUGGGAAAGGGGUAAUAAUCUAUGUCAGGCCAUUUCGUGAGAGGCGUGCGAUCGCAUGUGCACAGAUUUGUUUAGACGUGCGAUUAAUUGCACAUGCAAAUUUUGUUUUCUUUAUGUCUGUGAUAGCUUUCUGAAAUUAUUGAAAUUAAGAAAAAAGCAAAGUAUGAAGUCAGAGAAUGAUUUAGGAAGGCUUUACAUGUACGUAGAAAACUGCCAGGCCUAAAAUAUGAUGUGCACGAUUGGCAUCGGGCACCGGUCGUGUACGUGACAUUAAAGGUGGGGCCCGAGAAAAGUCGUGCACAUGAAAUUUGUAAGAAUUUUUAAAUUGGUGUAUCGGACAUUUUUACUUAGGCGACUCCAAUUUAAUUAGAUGUUCUAUGGCCAAAGUUGAUAGUAGCUUAUUGUUAAUAAUUUUAUCCAGAAUGUAUAGUCGGAACAACAACAAAAAACUUAAUUAAAAUUAACAACGGAGGAGGGUGUUACAACAACCAUUUUUUUCUAUGUACUUUCGCAUAACGCACGCAGUUUAUUUUUUAGUUGUGAAGGAAAAAUAAAAUAGUUCGCAAGGUGAAAAGAUAAAAAUACUUGCAUGCUCAAAAACUUGUUUUUAACUGUUAUGCAGCAAGAAUUUCUCUUGUGUUGUUGGAAAAAGAUUGAAAUGCCGACUGUGGGAGUAAAACGUGAUUUGCUUUUUAAAGCUUUGGGAAAAGUUUAUACUGAAGAAGAAUUUGAAGAGCUUUGUUUUGAUUAUGGACUGGAGCUAGAUGAAGUGACAUCUGAAAAAGCAAUGAUAUCACGUGAAAAGGGAGAAAACAAAGCAUUGGAAGCCUCAGAAGAAGUGAUAUAUAAAAUCGAUGUUCCGGCAAACAGGUACGACCUACUUUGCAUGGAAGGCUUAACAAGAAGCCUUUUGGUGUUCCAGCAGAAAAUGAAAAUACCAAAUUUUAAACCAGUACGACCAACAAACAUGCAAAAACUUAUAGUUGAUAAACAGGUUGAACAAGUGCGACCAUAUGCUGUCUGUGCUGUGUUGCGGAAUAUCACUUUUACACAAGAUUCUUAUAACAGUUUCAUUGAUUUGCAAGAUAAGCUACACCACAAUAUUUGCAGAAAACGUACAUUGGUAUCAAUGGGUACACAUGAUUUAGACACAAUUGAGGGACCUUUUACUUAUACGGCAAAACCACCAAGUGAUAUAGCUUUUAAAGCUUUGAAUCAAAAGGAGAAAAUGACCGCUAGUGAAUUAAUGGUAUUGUACAAGAGUGACAAUCAUCUUCGUCAUUUUCUGCAUAUCAUCGAAGACAAACCAGUAUAUCCAGUAAUCUACGAUAAAAAUGGGGUCGUGCUUUCAUUGCCACCUAUCAUAAAUGGAGAUCAUUCUAAAAUAACUCUGAAUACAAAAAAUGUUUUUAUCGAAAUUACUGCAACAGAUAUCCAUAAGGCAAAAAUAGUUUUAGAUGUUCUCACUACUGCUUUUUGCUGCUAUUGUCAAGAUGAAUUUUCUGUUGAAAUGGUGAAUGUUGUUUAUCCGGAUGGAAAAUGCUUUGAAUCUCCGGAAUUAGCUUACAGAGAGGAAGUUAUAAAUCCCAAAUGGGCGAACAAAAAUAUUGGAAUAUGGUUGUCAGGUCAGGAGAUGGCGAAAUUAUUAACAAAAAUGUUUCUGAAGAGCGAAGUGCUACCAGAUGGCAGGUUAAGAUGCAUAGUGCCUCCUUCAAGAGCAGACGUUAUCCAUGCAUGUGACAUAUACGAAGACAUUGCUAUUGCUUAUGGUUACAACAAUAUCAAUAAAAGAAUGCCGAAAACAAGUACAAUAGGCGAACAGCUUCCGAUAAAUAAGUUAUGUCACUUGAUUAAGCUCGACAUGGCAAUGGCUGGAUUCACAGAAAGUCUCACAUUUUCACUGUGUUCUAGAGAGGAUAUUACAGAAAAAUUAAAUAGACCACAUGGUUUGAAAGAUGCUGUCAAAAUCUCAAAUCCAAAAACGUCUGAUUUUCAAGUCGCCCGAACCACCUUAUUACCUGGUUUAUUAAAGACAUUAGCCAAUAACAAGAACCUUUCCUUGCCGAUCAAAUUAUUUGAGGUGUCCGACGUUGUUUUGCUGGACGAAGAAAAAGAUGUAGGGGCAAAAAACGAGCGACGGUUUUGUGCUAUUUUUUGCAGUAAAACUCCAGGUUUCGAAGUGAUACAUGGCUUGUUGGAUCGUUUCAUGACGAUAGUAGAUAUUAAACGAACAAGUGAUAACAAGAGCGAAGGAUAUCAUAUUCGAAGCGGUUCAAGUUGUACAUUUUUUCCCGGCCGUUCUGCUGACGUGUGGUAUAACAACAAAAUUAUCGGUCAUAUGGGAGUACUCCAUCCAGAAGUUUUGACUAAAUUUGAACUGACCAACCCGUGCUCGGCCCUGGAAAUCAACGUUGAGCAUUUCUUGUAAAGGUAUAUUAGAAUAAAUGACAAUUAUCGAU